AUGGUCUUCUACGAGCCGGGCAAGACCUCGCAUGGUCUGCCUAGGGAUCCCUUCAAGUCCUGCGUGACCCCCCGCCCCAUCGGCUGGAUCUCGUCGAAAUCGAAAGAUGGCGUGGAUAAUCUGGCGCCAUUUUCGCAGUUUAACAACCUAACCUUCGACCCGCCCUACGUAAUGUUCGCCUCGAACCAAGACCUCAACCACCAACGCAAGAACACCGUCGACAACGUCGAGGCCACGCACGAGUUCUGCUGGAACAUGGCGACGUGGGAUCUACGAGAAGCCGUCAACGCCUCUGCGGAGUGGUUCACCGACAGCGUGGACGAGUUCGAAAAGACCGGGCUGGAGAAAGAACAGGCCUCGACCGUCAACGUCCCCAUGGUGAAAGCCAGCCCCAUCAAAUUCGAGUGUCGCUACUACACGACCAUCCGCCUCCCCGGGACGCCGCCGAUGGGCAGCGUGGAUGUUGUGGUGGGGAGGGUUGUGGGGAUUCAUAUCGAUGAGAGGGUUUUGACGGAUGGGAAGGUGGAUCUGGGCAAGGCAAUGCCGAUUGCGAGGUGUGGGUAUCAUGAGUAUGUGGUUGUGAAGAGAGAUGCGAUGUUUGAGAUGAUUAUCCCCGGGGAUCCGAAGCAGCUGGUGGGUUUGGAGGGGAAUGCGGAGAAGAAUCAGAAGAUUGAGUUGGAUGGGUAUGGUGCGAGCAGGAUUUAG